UCAUGGGGCCCCCGGGCAAUAGGGAUCAUGGGGCUCCUGUGUCCUUGCCCAAAACUCAAAAAAGCCUAUGAAAAAGGUACCAGGGGCAUCUCAUGGGGCCCCCUACUGACUCUGGGCCCUCGGGCAGUGCCCGAGUUUCCAAAUGGUCAGUCCACCCCUAGACUGUUUCUUGAACUGAUGAGUCACGUCUGUUGGGCAACCAUUACAUUAAUACAUGCUGUGCUCACCCAAGCUUUGAUGAAUGGAGACAAGGGAGAAUGAAGAAGGAAUAUAGACAAAAGAUGCUGAUGGCAGCUUUUAUUGGGAAAAAAUACCAAAUCACUCAGGU